CCCGUCCUUCCUUCUUUUGAUCCCUCUCUUUCCAACUGCCUCCUCGUCCCGUGACCAGUUCAUUUAAUCGCUUAAAAAAACUCGAUUUUUAUUGUUUUGUUCCUCUUCUCGCAGUCAAUCGUGUUGGAAAUUCUGCUCCUUGUCUUCUCCUCCUGCAAAUCUCGGUCGCCUCUCCGAAUCCAGGGACCUUGAGGCCGUCGAAAGCUGCCUGCUUUCGCUUGAAUCGCUGGCGAUCUUCUUGGUAGAUUGCGAUGGGCAAUUCUUGCCGGGGAUCGAUUGGGAGCAGGUUCCUCCGGAAUAGCUUCUCCGCGCUCAGGAUGCCGGCGUCCAAGCGCCAGCAGCGCUCGGACGACGGUUCCCUCGACGACGAGACGCCCAAUAAGCACUCGUCGAAGAAUCACGACGUCGCCUCAGUCGCCGCUGCCCCUGCCUUAGCCACGUGGCGGGGUUCCGACCCCGCCUCCAACUCCGUGCUCCGCCACAAGACACCCAACCUAAAGGAACGCUACGUGGUGGGGCGGAAGCUAGGGCAGGGGCAGUUCGGAACCACAUACCUUUGCACCGAGAUCGCCACUGGGGUCCGGUACGCCUGCAAGACCAUCGCCAAGCGGAAGCUGAUCUCAAAGGAGGAUGUGGAGGACGUGCGGCGGGAGAUCCAGAUCAUGCACCACCUGGCCGGGCACAAGAACAUUGUCACCAUCAAGGGCGCGUACGAGGACCAGAUGUACGUUCACAUUGUGAUGGAGCUGUGUUCCGGCGGGGAGCUCUUCGAUCGGAUCAUCGAGAGGGGACAUUACAGCGAGCGAAAGGCAGCUGAACUCAUCCGGAUCAUUGUCGAAGUCGUGGAGGCUUGUCACUCGCUCGGAGUUAUCCACCGAGACCUGAAGCCAGAAAAUUUCUUGUUGGUUAAUAAGGACGACGAUUUCUCUCUCAAGGCCAUUGAUUUUGGGCUCUCUGUGUUUUUCAAGCCAGGUCAAACUUUUACUGAUGUGGUUGGAAGCCCAUACUAUGUUGCUCCUGAAGUACUUUGCAAGUAUUAUGGACCAGAAGCUGAUGUUUGGACUGCUGGGGUUAUAUUAUACAUUCUAUUGAGUGGUGUGCCUCCUUUCUGGGCAGAAACACAGCAAGGAAUUUUUGAUUCAAUUUUGAAGGGAGUCAUUGAUUUUAAAUCAGAUCCAUGGCCAUUUAUCUCAGAAAGUGCCAAAGAUCUCAUAAGGAAGAUGUUAUGUUCUAAACCUUCAGAACGUUUGACAGCCUAUGAAGUACUAUGUCAUCCCUGGAUUUGUGAUCGUGGAGUUGCCCCUGACCGAGCUCUUGAUCCAGCAGUUCUUUCUCGCCUCAAACAAUUCUCCGCUAUGAAUAAAUUAAAGAAGAUGGCUUUGAGAGUUAUAGCUGAAAGCCUCUCAGAGGAGGAAAUUGCUGGAUUAAGAGAGAUGUUCAAGGCAAUGGACACAGACAACAGUGGGUCAAUUACCUUUGAUGAGCUUAAAGCAGGUUUGCGAAGAUAUGGUUCUACUUUGAAGGAUACAGAGAUUCGUGAUCUUAUGGAAGCAGCUGAUGUGGACAACAGUGGUACCAUCGACUAUGGUGAAUUUAUUGCUGCAACAGUACAUCUCAACAAAUUAGAACGCGAGGAACAUCUAGUGGCAGCUUUUUCAUAUUUUGACAAGGAUGGAAGUGGUUAUAUCACAGUUGAUGAACUUCAGCAAGCUUGUGAAGAGCACAAUAUGACUGAUGCUUUCCUUGAAGACAUUAUUAAAGAAGUGGAUCAAGAUAAUGAUGGUCGUAUUGACUACGGUGAAUUUGUCACGAUGAUGCAAAAGGGUACCAUGGGAAUGGGACUCCGGCGGACAAUGCGGAACAGUCUAAACAUAAGCAUGAGAAAUUCUGCAGGACCGUUUUGAACAUUCUUACACGUACAAAUUCUGUCAGAAAUUACGCUUCCCAUCUCUUGCCUCUGUUUUCUUCUUUGUAUUCUUUUUGUUACAAAAUGGAUAUGAAACAGUUAAAGAAUUUGAGAUUGUCUUAUUUUUCUUUCUUAA